AUGAAGCCCGCGCUUUAUAUCUUUACUAUAUUCCUACACAUUGCUGCGCAGUUAGCAGUAGCAGUGCCGGUUGCAGCCCCGGACUUUGACUCUUUUUCAGUAGAAGAGAGAGCGAACCCCGCUCCUACUGUUAAGCCUCCUAGCAACCCUGCUGCCAGUGCUCAGCCUCCUAGCAACCCCGCUGCCAAUGGUCAGCCUCCUAGCAACCCCGCUGCCAAUGGUCAGCCUCCUAGCAACCCCGCUGCCAAUGGUCAGCCUCCUAGCAACCCCGCUACCACUGGUAAGCCUCCUAGCAACCCCGCUACCACUGGGGGUGGUGGUGAGGCUGUCGCCGCCGCUGCUGCUGCCGCCGCUAAGAAGGGCGGUGGUGAAGGAUCACAAGCUGCAGCUGCCGCCGCUGCUGCCGCCGCCUCUGGCGGUGGUAGUGGAGGGGAUACCGCCGCUGUAGCUGCUGCCGCCGCUGCCGCUGCCUCUGGCGGUAGUGGAGCUGCUGCUGCUGCCGCCGCCGCCUCCGCUAGCGGUGGAGGUGCUGCUGCCGCCGCUGCCGCCUCCGUCGCCUCCGCGGGUGGUAGUGGAGGAGAAGUUGUAUCUGUAGCUGUUGCUGUUGCCGUCGCUACCUCUGGUGGUAGUGGAAAAGAUGUCGCCGCUGCCGCCGCCGCCGCCGCCUCCGCUAGUGGUUCGGGUGGGAAUGCUGCCGCCGCUGCUGCUGCCGCUGCUGCUGCCUCUGGUAGUAGUGGCGAAGCUGUUGCCGCCGCGGCGGCUUCCGCUGCCGCUGGUGGCUCUGGAUCUACUGGUGGUUCUGGAUCUACUGGAAAAGGCGGCCAUGACUGUGAAAUCCAUAAGCCAUUUGCGUUCUACAGGCGCCCAAGUCGAUUCAGCAGGCGUAUCGGCAAAGCUCAGCCUGGCUCGACCUUCCAAUCUUCCUGCAAAAAAGGCCACUGGUUCAAAACUCCACGUGGAUGGGUCAUGGAGAAGAAUAAGCCCAAAGGCUGCCGUGGAUCAACCAAGGUAUGCUAA